AUUUGCCUAAAUUAGACCUUAAUUAUGUUGACAAAUUGUAAUUGAAUUAACAAUCGGGGUAUGUUGCUUGUUAAUUCAAUUGACAAUUGACCUUGUCUGUUUUUUGCUAUAAAAAUGCACAAAUCCAUUUCAAAUAACACAAAGUUGCUCGAAACAAUGCAUAUUAUCAAUCGGUUCGUGAUUUUUUUUCUGGCCCUUUCGAUUCAAAUUGUGUUUGGAUCUAAAAAUGGAUUAUCCGAUGAGCAAAAUGCAGAAUCACGAGAACUGUAUAGAAAAUGUUUAGCCGAAUCUGGAGUGGACAUCAAAUUGAUUAUGCAAGGACGUCACCAAGACUUUGCUGAUGACGAGAACUUGAAGAAUUACUAUUUCUGCAUGUUCAAGAAUUUUAAAUUAAUCGAUGACGAAGGUACGCUGAGCCUGGACAAUAUCCUUGCAAAAUUACCUAUGGAAAGGACACCCGAUUUUGAGGCAAAUAUUAAGAUUUGCAUGGGCGAAAAGAAAGUUGAUACACCGUUGGAAGUCGUCUUCGACCUUACUAAAUGCUUCUCGGUGAAGAAUAAUAAACCGUACAGCUUCGAGUAGGCAAAAGCUAGCGUUCACUUAUUUAGUUUAAGAUGAAGCAAACCAACGACAAUAACAAACAAAAAUGCAACAUGUAGAAAUCUGCAACAAAGGGAGACCUAUAUCAAUGAAUGAAGACAUUCAAUUUGGUACUCUUUGUCACUUAACUGUCUUGAACCUUGCACUCUGCUUUUAAUGUAAUUUUGAUUGUACAAUAUACAUACUUAAUAAAAUUAUAC